UAGUGAAAAAGACGCACAUCAAUACUAGAUCGGAAAAUUUCGUGAGAAAAUUUAUCCGUUUGGCUUAGAAAUUGAAUAGCAAAGGUAAAAAUUCAUGUUAAAUUAAAUACAGUAAACGUUCCAUGGAAACUAAACGAUAAAGUUACACCGCAUGAUUAUUUAUAACAUCUAUGUGGUUUGGCUUCGCUUCGUGUUUCCAUAACGAACGGCACUGGAUUGCAUUUGCCAAAAUUCGGCUGCAUUGAAUAGAGAGUCCUCAAAAAUACUUUUUGUGUUUUUCCUACAAGUUGGUGUAUUUGAAAGUUCACUUUCUUGUAAGAAAUAAUAGAUUUUAUAUAAAAACACGUUAACUCGCAGUGAAGAAAACGACACAGCAGCGCCGCUAUCAAAAUCGCCAGCAACGACAACAACACUAUGUCUGAAGCGGGCGAGUAUUCUGUGGAACGCAUUGAGGAUAAACGCAUAUGCAAUGGCAGAACCGAGUAUUUUUUAAAAUGGAAAGGUUAUCCGCGCAGUGAAAAUUCAUGGGAACCCGUCGAGAACCUUGAUUGCCCUGAUCUGAUCUCAGCAUUCGAGGAAUCGUUGAAAACAAAGAAAGAGAGCAAAAAACGCACCAGUAGCACGCCCGUGAACGAUACAAAAGUCAAACGAAAAGCUGUCGAAGAGGAGCGAGAAAACCGACGCACAAUGGGCUUUGAACGAGGUCUAGAACCAUCUAAAAUACUCGGAGCUACCGAUUCAUCGGGCGAGCUGAUGUUCCUUAUGAAAUGGAAGGGCAGCGACGAAGCUGACUUAGUGCCGGCCAUACAAGCCAAUGUUAAAUGCCCAGCGAUAGUCAUACAAUUCUAUGAGGAACGUCUUACUUGGCAUACAGCUAACACGGAAGAGGAUAGAAAUUCAACCAGUAAAGAACCGACCGAGUAAGACACUAGUUUAAGGACUUUUAAGUGCAAACAGACAAGAAAACCACAAGAAUUGCAAAAUCAAAUAAACUUAUGUAGGUAUUGCAAUGAUUGUUUCAGCAUACACAGUAAAUGAAACAAAUGCAAUACGAAGAACAAAGCGCGCAAGCGGCAAGAAUCAAUACAGACGUAGUGUUUAAUUAAAAAUAAAACUCGUUUUUAUUCAACGAUAUACAUAUAUAAAAACGUUCAAGCUGCAAUUCAAUCGAAAAUAUACAUACUCUAUGUAGUAAUUUCGUUGUUUCGCAAUGAGCACGCUCUUGUAGUAAUAUAGUUUUUUUAGUAAGCUGCGGUAUAAGCUGAAUCAUAAUUAAAAUGAAAUGUUGGUACUUUUUUUUAAUAAUUUUAAUUUUUUUUUU